UCACACAUGCUCAGUGUGGUGGCUGGCUCAGUGGGUUCCUGACUGGGCAAGUGGCCCCACCCCCUAAGCAAAGUUUAAACAUUCAGAGCGUUCAGCCUAGCCCUAAGGCAGAGCCGGAAUUUACCUUUGUACCUCACGAGGUCAGGGUUGGAAGUUGCCCGGCUGGGUGUGUCUGGAAGUGGCUGCCAUCCUGACACGUCUCAGAGCUGCAAGCAGGUCCUGCCAGCGGCUGCCAUGGCAUCUCAGCCUCUCGGGCUGGCAGAAGAUUCUGGUCUGAAUGCUGGGGACUCGGAACUGGCUGUGAAUCCCUUUGAUGGGCUCCCCUUCUCUUCCCACUACUACGAGCUCCUUGAGCAGCGCCGAGCAUUGCCCAUCUGGGCUGCGCGUUUCCAAUUCUUAGAGCAGUUGGAGAGCAGCCCCACUGGAGUGGUGCUGGUGUGUGGGGAGCCCGGCUCAGGCAAGAGCACUCAGGUCCCUCAGUGGUGUGCAGAGUUUGCACUGGCCAGGGGAUUCCAGCAGGGUCAGGUCACCGUCUCCCAGCCUUACCCUCUGGCAGCUCUGAGUUUGGCUGUGCGGGUUGCUGAUGAGAUGGACCUGACCUUGGGACACGAGGUUGGAUACAGCAUCCCCCAGGAGGACUGCACAGGGCCGGAUACCCUGCUCAGGUUCUGCUGGGACAGGCUGCUUCUGCAGGAGGUGGCCUCCACCCGGGGUCCCGGAGCCUGGGGCGUGCUGGUGCUGGAUGAGGCUCAGGAGCGGUCCGUGGCUUCAGAUUGCCUGCAGGGGCUCCUGCGAGAGGCCAGGCUGGGAAACCUUCCUGGGGACCCCAGGGUGGUUGUGAUUACUGACCCAGCUCUUGAACCGAAGCUUCAAGCCUUUUGGGGCAAUCCUCCUACUGUGCACAUACCCAGAGACCCUGGCAGGAGUCCUGCCCCUGUCUUCAGGGACACUGUUCCUCCUGAUCUGGUGGAAGCUGCCUGCCAAGCUGUGCUUGAGCUGUGUCAGAAGGAGGCCCCGGGAGACGUGUUAGUGUACCUGCCUGGUGAGGAGGAAAUAACCCUGUGCUGUGAUGUCUUGUCCAAGGAGGUGGGGUCCUUGGCUCUCCCAGGGCCUCCACCACAGGUGCUGCCCCUUCACCCAGGCUGUGGUCGAGCCAUCCAGGCCGUUUAUGAGGACAUGGGCACAGGUGGUGCCCGAAAGGUCAUAGUCACUCACUGGCUGGCUGACUUCUCUUUCUCCCUCCCUUCCAUCCGACACGUUAUUGACUCAGGCCUGGAGCUUCGAAGUGUUUACAAUCCUCGGAUCCGAGCUGAAUCCCAAGUAUUGAGGCCGAUCAGCAAGUGCCAGGCUGAGGCCAGACAAGCGCGGGCAAAAGGGGUCGCACCAGGAUCCUGUCUCCGCCUGUAUCCCAAGUCCUUCCUAGAGCUAGAGGCUCCGGCACUGCCCCGCCCCCGGCUUGGGGAGGAAAAUCUGAGCCCCCUGGUGCUGCUGCUGAAGAGGAGAGAGAUUGCAGAGCCUGGAGAGUGGCACUUCUUGGACCGGCCUGCUCCAGAAGCACUGAUGCAGGCCUUGGAAGACUUGGACUACCUCGCAGCCCUGGACGAUGACGGGGACCUGUCCGACCUGGGCAUCGUCCUCUCCGAGUUCCCCCUUCCCCCCGAGCUAGCCAAAGUCCUGCUGGCCUCAUGCGAGUUUGACUGUGUGGAUGAGGUGCUCACCCUCGCUGCCAUGCUCACGGCUGCCCCAGGGUUUACCCGUCCUCCACUCUGUGCUGAAGAAGCUGCCCUGCGUCGGGCCCUGGAACAUGCAGACGGUGACCACAGCUCUUUGAUCCAAGUGUACGAAGCCUUUAUACAAAGUGGAGCAGAUGAGGCUUGGUGCCAGGCUCGGGGUCUUAGCUGGGCAGCAUUAUGCCAAGCUCGUAAACUUCGAGAAGAGCUCCUAGAACUCAUGCAGCGAAUUGAACUUCCCUUGUCCCCACCAGCCUUUGGCUCUGAGCAGAAUCGCAGAAAUCUACAGAAAGCGCUGCUGUCAGGAUACUUCCUUCAGGUGGCCCGAGACACAGAUGGGACUGGAAAUUACCUCCUACUAACACACAAGCACGUGGCCCAGCUCUCCUCAAGCUGCUGCUACCGAAACCGCAGGCCUCCUGCCAGGCCCCCAUCCUGGGUGCUGUACCACAGUUUCUCCAUAUCCAGAGACAACUGCCUCUCCAUUGUUUCUGAGAUCCAACCACAGACGCUGCUGGAGUUGGCCCCUCCAUACUUCCUGAGUAACCUGCCUGCAGGUGAGAGUAGAGACCUCCUGAACCAGCUGAGAGCAGAAAUGGCACAAUCUGCAGCAGGAAGUGACUCCUCCUCGCCCCGGGAGUUCAGGGAAGCCUGCGUCCUGCAGUGAUCUCUCUGCAUUAGAUCUCCAUCCCCCAGCCUAACCAUGAGCCUGAGCACCAACACACGGAGGGACUGGACGCCGCCACUGCCUGGCACAGGAGGACCCUGACCUGCUCCCCUCCCCUCCCCAUCUUAACAUGGACCCAUAUUUGUAUUCCCUUUGGGCCCAUAAAAAUAUUUUUUCU